AUGAUUGAUCCACCGUACGUAGCAUGGAUGAAGGAACAGAAAAAGCAGGGGAAGCCGUCCCCUUCCAUCAAGCGAAUAGCAAAGGCUAAACGCGAUUCUGCUGGCGCCUCCAAUAGCGGCAGUUCGCGGCGCGAAUACGAUCAUGGCGCCGACACGGACGUCAGCGACGACGAUCUCGAGGAGAUCAUAUCCGAAUCCGACAGCGAUGCAGACUCUGACAACUACAAGGAGUGCAGUGACGACGACGCCGAAGAAACGGACGGAGGCGAGGAGGGUAGCGGCGACGACGGCAGCAACCGUGCACCGAGGAAGGAGAGACGCACGCCUGCAGCGCCAAACAGGCGGCAGUGGUCCGACGCUGAGCUCACGGCACUCGCGGCCGCCCGUUGGAACACCAAGGAUGAUGUGAUCGCGAUGCAAGGCAAGCAGGGGAGUCAGUAUUGGAAGAAGCUGCGUGCGCACAUAGUCGAGGGGGACCCUGACUGGAACCGCGAUGAGGGGCAGAUGUCGAACGCCUGGAAGCGCCUGGAGAAGAAGUACCUGAAAACGAAACGUGGAGAGGGGCAGAGCGGCGGGAAAGCCAUCAAGAAAAAGGCGUGGUGGGAAUACAUGUACAACCUUAAAAAACAUUCGGCCAAGGCCAAGCCACACGCCCUUGACGGAGGUGGCGCCGCUAACGUCGACGUCCCUGCAUACGCCGCUGUGCCAGGCACCAACGAUCACACUGGUGUCACAACGCCGACCAAACGAAGAAGAGUAGAAGAAACAGCGACUAUGGCGGCAGCCAGGCUGGUGAGCGAAGCCAUAAACGCUACCAACGCGCACGUGGUGCGCCAGCUGCAAGACUCCACUCAGUUGCUUGUCGCGGCUAUGAACAUGGCAGCGACUCAAGCUGGCGUGCGGCUGCAAAUGGCCAGUCCGGUGGUACAGCAUGUGGCCCCCGAGCCCACGGCGCCUCCAGCACCGCUAGAUGUGACUUUGGACGCCAACAUGUCGGGGUCUGAGGAGGCAGCACAGCAGCAUGAGCAUUAG